AUGAAAGCCAUUUCUAUACCCGAACGAUCUCGUUGCAUCCAGGAAGCUUAUUUUAUCUCACGUGAUCUCGGCGCUCGUCUUAAUAAUGUAUUAACUUCUAUAUCUCUAGGAACUGGUGGUCCAUCGUCGUUUGGAAGUGAAUUUACCGUCCGAGUAGAUUUACCUGAAUCUGAAAGUAUUCAAUACACUUUAAAUUGUCCAAAUGAGAGAACUAAAAAUGUUACAAGGGAAUGGUUUAUUACGUUUUCAGGAUUAACAGAUGGUCCUUUCUAUGAAUUUAACUGUAAAAGUUUAUCAAGUCGUUCUUCUUCACCUUUAAACCUCAAAAAACUCAAAGACUCAAAAAAAUCUAAAAUUGUUCCAUACAUUUUUAAUCCCAAAGUAAAAGAAAUACUAACAAAUAAAAAUCUCAAAUCUGUUAAUCCUAAUGAAUUAAGUAAAGCAACUUUAGUAUAUGACGCCGAAAGUGCAAAAUUUUAUAAAUCUAUCGAUUCUGAUUUUGGUAUUGUAGUCCUAAUUAACGAGCUAGGAGAUAUUAAUGAAAUAUUAACUGGAUUUAAAACCUUAGCUGCUGAACCCACAGUAAAAAGGCUUGUUAUUGAUAUAUCAAAUAAUCCUGGUGGAUCCAUUAAUCAGGCUCAAUUUCUUGAUGCACUCUUAGUACCUUCUAAUUUUACACCUUUUCCUCGAGAUAUGAACGUUCAAUCUGAUGUGGUGAAAGCAAUAAUUAGAACAAGUUACGUUAGACGAGAAAAUCCCUUUGAUCCCACAUUUUUCAUUAACUUUGAAACUGGCAAACAAUUUGGUUCUGUCGAUGAAUUCAUAGGAUCUAAGCAAAUAAUAAGAGGUGGCAAACGUUCUUACUAUUCUACAAAUUUUCUUGAUGAAACCUUUUUACCUAGUCUAUUUAAAUUACCUUGGAAUACUACAAAUAUGAUUGUUCUUUCAAAUGGUGCUUCUGGUUCUGCUGCUGCUAUGAUUUCUCAAUAUCUUCAAGAAAUCGGCAAUGUGUCCACAGUUUCUGUAGGUGGAUUUGUACAUCAAGAUUUAUCUUUCGCUUCAUUCCCCGGAGGAUUAGUUUAUGAUAGCUAUGAUCUUGCUUUUGCCUUAUACGGGAAACUGGUCAAGCAAUUUUUUACAUCAGUAUAA